AUGAGUAAAAUUUGUAUAAGCGUAUUGGUGGGACUCCCAGGGGUUGGAAAAACUACGUUUUGCAAAGCUUUUAAGCAUUACUUGGAGCAGAAGCAGUCGCCUAUCGCGGUAAUUAGAAUAUCAUUUGAUGAUUUUAUUCGAUUUGAUAAUGAACAGGACUUCGAGAAUGGAUUAUGCAAAACCCAAAGAAAGCAGCUUCUAGAAUGCAUAGAAAUGAUUGUGAGAGCGGUUAGAAUGCAAAAUUUUGAAACCCUACACGAAGCUAAUGAAAUUUUGAUGAACCUGUUCAGAACAAACGUUUUAAUCGAUAUGAAUAAUGUCAACCCAAAUACGGUAUAUCUCUUCGUUUUAGACGAUAACAUGUACUACAGAAGCAUGCGUUUUGAUGUUUUAAAAAUGGCCAGAAAAUAUAGCACUGGAUUUUUUCAAAUAUUUUUCGACGUUCCUCUAUCAGUUGCAACGGCAAGAAAUGCCGCGCGAUCAAAUCAAAUUCCGCAGGACGUACUUUUGCGAAUGGCAAUGCGAUUGGAACAACCAAAUGAACGAUUCUACAAAUGGGAAGCAAACUGUUUUUCUACCUGCGAUCCUCUUCGAGAAUUUGCAGAAAUUGAAACAAUUAUUGCGAAAUAUCUUAAUAAUCCCGAACAUCCUUCUAGCGACAUAGCGUUAACCCAACCAGCAGAGCAAAGCGUUAUUCAUAAGCUAGACUUGCUUCUAAGAAAGAUCGUAGGCGAUGUUAUACAAAGUAGAAAAACUUCAUGCAACAAAAAGAACGAGUUGAAAAAACUUUUCGAAGAACUGAACCGUAAAAGGAAAACUAUUCUGAGCGAUGCCAGAAAUGGUUUAGUUGAAAUAGAUAUAAAUGAACCCAACCAAGAGAAUAUUCGAAAAUUGUUCGAGAACAACCAUUAGUCGUUGUUCAUAAAAUCGUUUGUUAUUGCUAAAA